AUGACAAGAUCACCGGAUUCCAAUGUGGACAUAAGGUUAUUUAAAAAUAUUUUUGAUUCAAUCGAACCAGAAUUCCUUCAUUCCAUUGUUUCACUUGUCAGUGUGUUAUAUAAGAAUGAAAAUUUUCUAAUGAUGACCGAAAAUGCAACAUAUGCUUAUGGUCAUCUAAUAUGUCUGAGUUUAUCGUUGAAAAAUGAUCCGAAGCAACCACAACUGAUUCCCAUUCUGAAUGACAAAAAAAUUCAACAAGUGGAUUAUGGCCGAGAUUUCGUUGCCAUUCUAACUAAUGAUGGGCAAGUUUAUAUUGCGACCUUUCAAUCACAAUGGAAAACGAAUAAAACUUUGAAAUUAAUCAACACAAAUAAUGAUCAAUUUAAAAUGAUUGCUUGUGGAUUUAAUCGUUUACUAUUGCUACGACAAGAUGGUAUUGUCUUCUCUAUUGGUGGUAAUUCAUCAUAUGAAACUAUGGUCAACAUUGGUCUACAAAAUGUCGAACUCAUAGCUAGUGGAUGGAACCAUUUUUUUGCAAUGAAGAAUACAAAACAAAUUUAUUCCUGGGGGUCAAAUUUCCAUGGUCAAUUAGGUAUUGCUGAUGUGAAUGAGCAAGAAAAACCAUACUCUAUUUAUAGUAAUUAUAAUUAUGAACUUCGUUAUCAUCAUCAUAAUUAUAACGUCAAUGUGCCCGAAUACUGCAUAGAUGUUGUGGCUGGAUUUUCACAUUCAUUAUUUUUAUUCUCAAACGGUAAUCUUUUGGCAUGUGGUCAAAAUUAUCAAGGACAACUUGGUCUUGGUGAUAAUAAUAAUCGAUCAACGCUAGUAAAAAUACCGAUUGAAAAUGUAAAAAAAGUAACUAGUGAGAAAUUCAAUAAUUUUUCAUUUGCCUUUGAUGGAUCAUCAUAUUAUGCAUGGGGUUCGACCAAAUAUGGAGAAUGGCAAUCACCCAGAAAAUUGGAUGGUCAUCUGAAAUCAUUUGCUGCUGCAUCAUCAUUAAUGCUAGAUAGAUCCAUUACGUUUGGAUUAACAUCAAUCAAAUAUGAUUCUGAAUCCAUUGAAUUACCAUCAAAAGUUAAGAAAGCAACCAAAUGGCUGUUCAAUAAUCCUGAUAAUUAUGACUUUGAAUUCAUAAUCGGUGAUAAACGAAUAGUUGUACGUAAAGAUUAUCUUAAAUCUGAAUCAAAAUUUUUUCGAAAAAUGUUAUCUGGUGAAUGGAGUGAAAAAAAUCAGAUAAUCAUCAAUGAUUACAGCUAUGAUUCUUACUAUGCUUUUCUGCGUAUGUUACACGAUGAUUACAUCGAAAUCAAUUCUGAAAAUAUUGCCGAAUUAAUCCAUAUGGCUGAUUAUUAUUGUGAAGAUCAAUUAAUGAAACAUUGUAAAAUAUUCCUUCGAGAUGCUAUUAAAAAACACUCAAAAUAUCAAUCAUUGAUUAUCGAAUAUAAUUUGGUUGGUUUGUAG